GGCAUGGAGAUUAUUUACCACACGUGUAGAUGUUGACGUUUGAAAUGACUAUUGAUUAAUGACCGAUUUCCUAAAGUCUUGUUUUCCAGAUUUGCUCCAACGGAAACAUUAGAAUUACCAUGUCGUUUCUCGUCGAUUCCUUGUUAAUCGUCUUUUCGCAGAUCCUGUUUUUCGGAGGUGGUUGGGUCUUCUUCAUCAAAAAAUUAUUUAGAGACUAUGAGGUUCACCACUCUGUUGUUCUACUUGUGUUCUCUGUGACAUUUUCAUUGUCCUGUACCAUGUUCGAGCUCAUCAUAUUUGAAAUCCUUGGAUUCAUGGAUGCUAGUUCGAGGUAUUUCCACUGGAAGCUUGGACUGUACGCUAUUCUGUUUGUGCUUAUUGCUGUUUUACCAUUUUACAUCGCUUAUUUCAUUAUUGGUAAUCUGAGGCUAGUCCCACAGAAAAGACAUGUUAUUGGUAUGCUGACGGUGGCUACCUGGCUGGCAUUUCUCUACUUCUUCUGGAAGAUUGGUGACCCCUUUCCUAUCCUCAGUCCCAAACAUGGUAUAUUCUCUAUAGAGCAGUGUAUCGGCCGUAUUGGAGUAAUAGGAGUCACAGUGAUGGCUUUACUCUCUGGAUUCGGUGCAGUCAAUUAUCCCUACACUUCUAUGUUUCUCUUUAUUAGAAAUGUGACAGAUGCUGAUAUCCAUUCUAUAGAAAAAAGACUUAUACAAACCAUGGAUAUGAUCAUUCUUAAAAAGAAAAGGAUAGCCAAGGCAAAGGAGGAAAGUCUGCGUCAGGCUACAGUGAACAAGAGCCAAGGUGGUUUGUGGGGCAUGCUGAAAACUGUAACAUCGGCAGCGACAGGGUCCUCAGAGAAUAUUGGUUUAUUGAAGCAGGACACUGCAGCUUUAGAAGAACUCAGCAGGCAGUUGUUCCUUGAAAGUGUGGAUCUUCACUAUGCUCAGGAGAGGAUUGCUUAUUCAAAGACAUUUAAAGGGAAAUAUUUUAAUUUUCUCGGAUAUUUUUUUUCAAUAUACUGCGUGUGGAAAAUCUUCAUUUCGACAGUCAACAUCAUCUUUGAUAGAGUGGGUAGGGUGGACCCAAUCACCAGAGGAAUAGAAAUAGCAGUCAAUUUCUUUGGAAUCCAGUUUGAUGUAACAUUCUGGGCACAACAGAUAUCCUUUGUCCUGAUUGGAAUCAUCAUUAUAACGUCUAUCAGAGGUCUUCUGCUAACCCUUACUAGAUUUUUCUAUGCCAUUGCCAGUAGCAAGUCCUCCAAUAUAAUAGUUCUCUGUCUCGCCAUGAUAAUGGGGAUGUAUUUUGUAUCCUCGGUCCUUCUCAUCCGGAUGAAUAUGCCAGCGCAGUACAGGUCGAUCAUUACAGAGGUGCUGGGAGAUCUCCAAUUCAACUUCUAUCACCGUUGGUUCGAUGUCAUAUUCCUUGUCAGUGCUUUGUCAAGUAUUGGAUUUUUAUAUAUAGCCCACAAGCAGGCAACAGAGAAAGAUAUAUUGUAGUGAAAGGCUGUGUGUAAAAUGUCACCUGUAUACAGGUGAAAGGCUGUGUGUAAAAUAUCACCUGUAUACACGUGAAAGGCUGUGUUUAAAAUCUGGAGAAAGACAUUGUAUCCCACUGCUUGUUCAGACAUCAGUGAGAGACCGUGUGUGGGAUGGACAUAUGUCACCUGUAUACAGGUGUCAAAUCUGGAAUAAGACAUUGUAACCCGCAGCUUGUUCAGACAUCAAUGAGAGACCGUGUGUGGGACGACGCAUGUCACCUGUAUACAGGUGUCAAAUCUGCAAUAAGACAUUGUAUCCCACAACUUGUUCAGACAUCAGUCAGAGACCGUGUGUGGGAUGGACAUAUGUCACCUGUAUACAGGGGUCAAAUCUGGAGAAAGACAUUGUAACCUGCAGCUUGUUCAGACAUCAGUAAGAGACGGCGUGUGGGACGAUGCAUGUCACCUGUAUACAGGUGUCAAAUCUGGAAUAAGACAUUGUAUCCCACAAUUUGUUCAGACAUCAGUCAGAGACCGUGUGUGGGACGACGCAUGUCACCUGUAUUCAGGUGUCAAAUCUGGAAUAAGGCAUUGUAUCCCACAGCUUGUUCAGACAUCUGUGAGAGACCGUGUGUGGGAUGGACAUAUGUCACCUGUAUACAGGUGUCAAAUCUGGAAUAAGACAUU